ACGAUCACCGGACCGGCGGGAAUAUUUGCACCCAUAACCAAUGCAGCACACAAUACACACACAUACCGGUACUCUAGCUAACUACAUACGCCACUCAAGCAGAUCACUUCAUACCCAAACCCCCAGACAGGACAGACGUGUCGUGAGAGCAGUGCUUAAACAUACAAGAGAAUAAGGGCUACACCUUUUCGUUACCCGGUGUCUUUAUAACAGCACCAGGAAAUGGCGGUAAGGAUGGUCCCCACGAAGAUGAUCACGAAACAUAGGAAGACAUUCGUGGUCAUCUUCGUCAUGUUUUGCACGUUCAGGAGCAGUGGCGAUGACGACGUUUCCGUAUCCAUCACGCAAACGAGUGAAGAAACAUGGCUGUCGAAUACGCUAAAUGAACCUGAAAUACUGCGAUUCAAGAAAGAAAUGUCUCUCCCUCUCCCCAAAAACGUCAUCCAGGACAUUCACUCGUUUCUUCACGUCGACGCCUCGUACAAAGCACUAACUUUAAGUGAUAAAAAAUGUGCUUUCCCAGCCAACAUAGAUUCAGGCGGUUCGGACUACUCACCCAAUAUUACGGGAUCCGAGUUCCUCCAAACAGAACGGGUGAUCUUCAAAGAGCACAGAUCGAUAGCCCAAAGACUGACUCGCCAAGCUAAUGUCCAGUUGAGACAGAUUCUGGAUGUGGAGAAGUCCAUUGAACUUGAUAAUAGAAACAGCGAGUUGGAUGCGGAAUCGGAUCGACCAAAUAGAAUGGGAAUGAAGAUCGACUCGAACCUCUAUUUCCCAGGGGGGCACUGGAUCCCCCUAAACUGCACACCAAAAUGGAAGGUUGCAAUCAUCAUUCCGUAUCGCAAUCGAGCCUACAAUCUCAAUGUCUUUCUGAGGAACCUGGUACCCUUCUUGAGGAAUCAACAACUGGAGUUCGGAAUAUUUAUUGCAGAGCAGGGAUCGUCAGAAGCAAUGAAUCGAGGUUUAAUGAAGAAUAUCGGAUAUCAAAUGGCGCAGCUUAGUGGUACAAAGUGGGACUGUUACAUAUUCCACGACAUUGACUAUGUUCCUAUGAAUAUUACCAACUACUACGGUUGCGACGACCAUCCAAAACAUUACGCUACCAGGCUUGAAGAAUUCGCUUUUGGCAACCCAUACCUUGAACAUUUUGGAGGCGUCGUGGGAUUAACUGGGGAACAGUUUGAAGAGAUUAAUGGCUACUCCAACAUGUAUUGGGGAUGGGGUGGCGAAGACACUGAUUUGUAUAAGAGGGUCAAGUCUGUCGAGUUAAACAUUACCAAAUCAGAGGAGGGAUACUAUCGUGAUUUAUGGCAUAAAAAGAAAACACAGACGGAGAAAUGUGUACGUAGACGCUGUCUUAAAGAUAACGCAGUUGGCAGGAUGGGAAUUGACGGCCUUUCGAAAAUCCGUUAUGAAAAUUCCGCAAACAUCUCCUUCUCCACACUCUACACACUAAUAAGCGUUGAUGUGCAACGAAGCGGCUGGAAUCAUAACUUCACAAAAUGUCGCCUAUUCGUCGGGAAAAGAAGCAAUCACCUGUUCGCUAUCGCAUUCAUCGUGUGCUAUUCGGCUAUCAUGAUUGUAAUUUUCGCCUGCUCCAUUUUUGGUCUAGCUUUGCGAGAUAUGAACAGUAAAGAAGACGAUAAUGAAAAAUUGAUAAAUAUAGGAAAGGAAAAGGGGACAGGAGAAAAGGACACCUAUAAAUUGCACCACCAUUAUUUUGAUGACUUCAAGUUGAAAAAUGUAUGAUUUGAACAAAGAUCUGACAUUUCAAAGAUUAUGCAUUGUUACCAUUAUACCUUGAAAUGAAGCCCAUAUAAUUUGUUGUGCCUAAAAUACUCUUUACCUACUUGUUCAGUAUACACUUCUAAGGAAGUUUAUAUAUUUUUACCUUACAACCGGGGACGUCCGUGGUCUAGCGCUAACCGUGUCAAUCAGUCCUUCACCCGGGGGGCCACUUCCAUUUACGAGUGGAUACCAUGCGCGACCAUGGGGUCUCGAAAAGCACCCUAAACACG